UUUACUUGUAUAGUCUCCCUCCCUCCCUCCCUCUCUCUCUCUUGGUGCUCCAUCGUUUUCUGGUCCAAGAAGCUCACUUCCCUUCACUUGUGUGAAAAUUUCUGCUGACGGUUUGUUUGUCACAACACACUUUGGCCUUUCUUUUAUAUUAUUUUCUUGGUCGAAAGUGUGUUUGUCACAAUGGAAGCUAAUACUUCUGGGGAGGACUGUUGUGUCAAGGUUGCAGUUCACAUCAGGCCUCUGAUAGGAGAUGAGAGGCUUCAGGGCUGUAAAGAUUGUGUUACUGUAGUGCCCGGGAAGCCUCAGGUGCAAAUUGGAACACAUUCAUUUACAUUUGAUCAUGUCUAUGGUAGUACUGGCUCUCCCUCAACCGCAAUGUAUGAAGAGUGUGUUGCACCUUUGGUUGACGGCUUGUUUCAAGGAUAUAAUGCUACUGUUCUUGCCUAUGGACAGACGGGGUCAGGAAAAACGUACACCAUGGGCACAAGUCUCAAAGAUGGAUGCCAAACCGGACUAAUUCCCAAAGUUAUGAAUGCUUUAUUCAGCAAGAUUGAAACCCUGAAGCAUGAAAUUGAAUUCCAACUACAAGUUUCCUUCAUUGAGAUUCACAAAGAAGAAGUAAGAGACCUGCUUGAGUCCAGUUCAGCUAGCAAACAAGAGAUAGCAAAUGGACAUGCAGGAAAAAUAACCAUUCCCGGGAGACCUCCAAUUCAAAUCCGUGAAACGUCAAAUGGUGUAAUUACACUUGCAGGGUCGACUGAGUGCAGUGUCAAAACGCUUAAAGAAAUGGCUGAUUGCCUGGAGCAAGGAUCACUAAACAGGGCAACAGGGAGUACAAACAUGAAUAAUCAGUCCAGCCGCUCGCAUGCUAUCUUUACCAUCACAGUGGAGCAGAUGAAGAGGCUUCAUGCAGGUAUUUCUGGUGAUGCCAAUCUAAAUGACUGUAUGACUGAAGAUUAUCUCUGUGCCAAGUUGCAUUUGGUGGAUCUUGCUGGAUCAGAACGUGCCAAGAGAACAGGCUCGGAUGGUUUACGUUUUAAGGAAGGAGUUCACAUUAACAAGGGUCUUCUCGCACUUGGCAAUGUUAUAAGUGCACUUGGUGAUGAAAAAAAGCGAAAAGAAGGUGUUCAUGUACCAUAUCGGGAUAGUAAACUUACACGACUACUGCAGGAUUCUCUUGGUGGCAACAGCAGAACGGUAAUGAUAGCUUGCAUAAGCCCUGCUGAUAUAAAUGCGGAGGAAACUCUCAACACUCUGAAGUAUGCCAAUCGCGCUCGUAAUAUCCAGAACAAACCUGUUAUUAACAGAGAUCCAAUAUCCAAUGAAAUGCUGAAGAUGCGUCAACAGUUGGAAUAUCUGCAAGCAGAACUUUGUGCCCGCAGUGGAGGAGUUUCAUUUGAUGAAAUACAGGCUCUUAAGGAUAGGAUUGCUCAGCUCGAGGCUACUAAUAAGGACUUAUCUCAAGAACUAAAUGAGUUCCGCAAUAGAGGUGGAGCCAUGGAGCAAUAUCCGGCAGAAAUUAAAGCUCGCGGAAAUGGUGCCAUAAAAAGUGAGGGUCUCAAGAGGGGAUUGCAAAGUAUGGAGUCAUCUGAUUAUCAAAUGAGUGAUAGCAGUGAUUCUGGAGAUAUAGAUGAAGAUACAGCUAAAGAAUUGGAGCAUACCUAUUUGCAAAAUAGUAUGGAUAAAGAAUUGAAUGAGUUAAAUCGACAGUUGGAGCAGAAAGAGUCUCAAAUGAAACUUUUUGGAGGCUAUGACACUACGGCUCUAAAGCAACACUUCGGAAAGAAACUUAUGGAACUUGAGGAGGAGAAAAAGGCUGUGCAGUGUGAGAGGGAUCGACUGUUAGCAGAAGUUGAAAACCUUUCCGCUAAUUCUGAUGGACAAGCACAAAAACUGCAAGACAUCCAUGCCCAGAAACUAAAAGCGCUUGAAGCUCAGAUACAAGAUCUUAAAAAGAAACAAGAGAAUCAGGUUCAACUUUUAAAACAGAAACAGAAGAGUGAUGAAGCAGCUAAAAAGUUACAAGACGAAAUACAAUGCAUCAAGGCGCAAAAGGUUCAAUUGCAACAAAAGAUCAAGCAAGAAGCUGAACAAUUUCGGCAAUGGAAGGCAUCUCGGGAAAAGGAAUUAUUGCAGUUAAGGAAGGAGGGCAGAAGAAAUGAGUACGAGAGACAUAAAUUGCAAGCACUGAAUCAGCGUCAAAAAAUGGUUCUUCAGAGAAAGACUGAGGAAGCUGCAAUGGCUACCAAGAGGUUGAAAGAAUUGCUAGAAGCACGUAAAUCUUCAACUCGGGAAAACUCUGUGAAUAGCAACGGGAAUGGAAUAAAUGGCCAGACCAAUGAGAAGUCCUUGCAGCGUUGGCUUGAUCAUGAGCUAGAAGUUUUGGUAAAUGUUCAUGAAGUUCGUUAUGAGUAUGAGAAGCAGAGCCAAGUACGAGCAGCUUUGGCGGAAGAGUUGGCUGUUCUGAGACAAGUUGAUGAAUUUGCUUCGAAGGGUGUUAGCCCUCCCAGAGGAAAAAAUGGAGUUUCCAGGGCAUCUUCAAUGUCACCUACUGCAAGAAUGUCAAGAAUUGCUUCUCUUGAAAGCAUGCUAAGUAUUUCAUCAAAUUCACUUGUUGCAAUGGCUUCACAGCUUUCAGAAGCUGAAGAACGUGAGCGUGUAGUCAGCAGUCGUGGACGCUGGAACCAGCUCCGUUCUAUGGGGGAUGCCAAAAACCUCCUCCAGUAUAUGUUCAAUCAUCUUGGCGAUGCAAGAUGCGAAUUGUGGGAAAAGGAAAUGGAAAUCAAAGAGAUGAAAGAGCAGAUGAAGGAACUUGUAGGCUUACUACGACAAAGUGAACUAAGAAGAAAGGAAAUCGAGAAGGAGCUAAAAUUGAGAGAUCAAGCUGCUUCUAUUACUUUGGCAACACCACCUUCAGGGAACUCCCUCAAACACAUUGCUGAUGAAAUGAGUGGUCCUUUGUCUCCAAUUCCCGUCCCAGCACAGAAACAACUAAAAUAUACGCCAGGAAUUGCUAAUGGCUCAGUCAGAGAGUUGGCUGCAUUCAUGGAUCAAACGCGCAAGAUGGUACCUAUUGGUCACUUGUCGAUGAAGAAAUUAGCACUUGCCGGACACGGUGGGAAACUAUGGAGAUGGAAGAGGAGCCAUCAUCAAUGGCUAUUGCAGUUCAAAUGGAAGUGGCAAAAACCUUGGAGACUUUCGGAAUGGAUUAAACACAGUGAUGAAACAAUCAUGAGAGCUAGGCCCCGACCACAGUCUCUUCCUGAUGUAAUGUAUAGAAACCCGCACUAGCUUCUAUAUCUGGACGUGGAUAUUCUUUCAUGAACUCUUCCAGUCCCCAACACAUGGCACAGGAAAGUGCAAAGGAAUAAGUGCAGGUUGAGGUAUAAGUGGCUGUUGGGGAAAUUUUGCCUGUCAACUGUAUUUGUAGAAAUGAAUAUUAACUACCACCCUGGAGAAUUGUAGCUGCUUGUAAAAUGAUGCCAUCAUCAAAUACAACUCACCUGUAUGAUACUUCAAGGGUUAGACCGCCUACGUCUGAUUUACUGCUCCAUCACAAAUGUUCUAUUCUGCUGUCUGCUGUCUGCUGUCUGCCUACCUUCUGUUGCUCACUGUUGUUGUAUAUAUAUACUCGGUCAACAUCAACUCUCUGUGAAGGGCAUUUCCUUAAAAGCAGUGUGUCAAAUUUUCUUCUUUCUGUAAUUCCUUUUUCCCCUUCUUUGUGGCUAAUUGGCCUUGUGUAUACUGUGUGUAAGCACAACAUUGAUUUUGUUCAAAGGUAGUACAGUUCAAAAUUACUUACUCUCAGAAGGAUUGUUCUUUUAUUAA